AUGGCAAUUAAUCGUUUGGAAAAUUUAUUUGUCUCAAAUAACGCUGCUUCAAUUCUUAACGAAUUAGAGGUCCAACAUCCUGCUGCUCGUAUUAUAGUCCUGGCCGCUCAAAUGCAAGAAAAACAAAUUGGUGAUUGCACAAACAUGGUUGUGAUUUUUGCUGCUUCUUUGUUGGAACAGGCUUCGCAGUUGCUUUCUAUGAAAAAGGGACCUAAACCGAUUGAAAUUGUUUCUGGCUAUGAACAAGCGUUGGCUAAAGCUGAAGAAAUUCUUCCUGAAUUAAUUGGUGGAAAGACAAACACACCUCAGUUACUCCCUGAAUUGUCCCGUAAAAUUAAACUUUUUGGAGAAACUCAAGAUGGUCCUGAACAAUAUUCAAUUAGAGAAUUUGCUACAGCAUUGGCUAAUUUGUAUGCUGCUCAUCAAGAUGGAUCAACCAAUGAAGGAAUUGAUGUUUUAAAUUCAAAAUUGGUUAAUGCAAACGAAGCUGGAAUUUCUGAUGGAAAAUUGUGGGCAUUAAAAUUGGCAACAAAUGCUGCUUGUAGUAUUUUUAAGAUUGAAAAGUUAUUGCUCGAUCAUGGUGCAUCAGAAACUGAAUUCUCAAAAAUUCUCAAAAAUUUCCGCCCGACAGAAGGAAAAACACCAUAUGGAAAUAAAAAAUUAAUUUUUCAAAAUUGCGAUUAUGUUGGGACACUCUGGCGAAGCGGACAGUGGAGAUGUAAGAAUAACAAGAAAAGAUGUAGAGCACAAUUGAAGUUAUACUGGGGUUUUGUCAUCAAUUCACCCAUACACACUUGUGAUUAUGCUGCCAACCAACCUCUUCCACCUCCAAACAACAUACCUCUUCCACCACCACAACAACAAAAUUUGUCUUUAAAUAUUUCAGAAGUUGUAAUUGUGCCAGAAACACCUAUUUUAAACAAUUCACCAAUUUUCAACAAUAUCCAAGGACAACAACAAUUUGCUUCAACUUCUUCAAAAUCUCCAACAUUGUUGGAAGAAACUACUCAGAAGUCUAUUCCUCCACAAGUCUUUACUUUGGACUCAACUGAAUCUGCUGGAAUUGUACAAAAUGUUGAUGUUCAGUCAUUAUCUACUGCUAAAGCUUCACAAAAUUUGACUGAAAAGUCUUCCAUUAUUUGUUCAUCAUCCAAUUUAUUGACUCCAAAAAGAAUUUUUUCUUCAAUUUGUGAAGAAAAGGGAAAUGCUGUUGUUGAUGUUAUUCAAUUGGAUAGUGCUUCUUUUCAACAAACUUCGUCAAAAAUUCAAACGCGAUCAAUGGCUAAAGCAUCUUCAAAAAUCUGUUCAUCAUCCAAUUUGUUGCCUAAACGAAUUUUUUCGUCUAUUUCUGGUAGAGUACAAGACAAAGAAGAGGAGGUUAUUCAACUGGAUUCUUCUAGUAAACGGCAACCUUCAAGUAUCCAUCAAUCUCUUUCAACAGCUAAAGAAGCUUCUUCAUUUCACCAAAAAUCAGCAUUAAACACUGCCAAGAACAUGGCUUCUCAACCUAUUGAAAAAGAAGCGACUUCAAAAUCUCGUGGCCAACGUUCCUCAAAUAAGCUUUCUUCAUCGACAGUGCCUUAUCUUUUUUCUCCGAAAACUUUGCAAAAGUCACAACCAAUUUGUGAUGCUUCUCGAACACAAAAAUCUGUUGAAAUUUUUGAAGGAAUUGAAGGAACAUCCAAAUCUGGUGAAAAAUCAUUCUCAACAGCCAAAGAAAUUUCUACAAGAAGCCAAGUCCAGAGCCAUUCAAAAGAUUUGUCUACAAGGAAUUUGGAAGAAUUAGAAAAUACUCCACCACCAUCAACAAGUCAGCAACAUCAACCUCGACAACAAGCAGUUCAAAAUUUAAAUAGAGAUGCUUCAAUUCGAAAUUCUCGACGAUUGUCUUUAUCACCAUCGAUGCAGCCACAAGAAUUUUCACAUGUUUUGCAGCACUGUACCGAUGGCUAUAUUAUGACCUGGGAUGAGUUCCUUGCCCACACUGAUUUUGAAUGUCGUUGUAAACUCGGUGAAGGAUCUUAUGGAGAGGUCUACAAAAUGUUUGAUUCUAAAGGGACUUAUGCUAUGAAGGUCAUUCAAGUUACCGAGGAAAAUCCGAUACCAGCCGUCUUUUCUGAAGUUUUCAUCACACGGCAUUUAUCAGAACUCAACAAUGCCGGUGAUUUCUCAACUCCUUCAUAUAUACCUCUUGUCCGUGCUAAUGUAGUCAAAGGUAUCUAUCCGGAUAUUCUUAAAGCUGCGUGGAACAAAUACAAGGAAGAAAACCCGGAGAUUGCAGAAAAUAAACAUUAUACUAACAAUGAGCACAUAGACAACACCUAUGUUGUCCUAGUUAUGGCAAAUGGUGGAGUCGAUCUAGAACUAUAUUUGCAAGAGGCCACCAAAUCACAACGUGUUUCAAUUUUUUACCAAGUUGCCCUAUCCCUUGCUAUAGCUGAAGAAAGAUAUAGUUUUGAGCAUCGGGAUCUACAUUACAGCAAUAUAUUAAUCAGCAAAGUUACUUCUAGAGAAAGAGAACGUCGAGAUAAAAUUUGUUAUUACUACAAUGGUGAAAAAAUUGAAGUCCGUUCUCAUGGCGUGCAUGCUUCAUUAAUUGAUUUCAACAAUUCUCGGAUGACAGAUGAUGUUACAAGACAGUCUGUUUAUGUUAAAUUUGCUGUUAAAUCAUAUAAAAAAGGAGCUGAUUAUCAAUUUAAAAUUUACCCGAUGAUGAAAGAACUAAAUGAGGAUGAUUGGUCAACCUUCCAUUGCAAAACAAAUCAUUAUUGGCUACAUUACCUUUAUGACAAAUUAUUCAAAGUCGAACCUUUUACACUGGAAGAACAAGCAGUUUUUAAAAAGAUUUUUGAUCGUUUACUAUUAAAGACAAAAAGAAGAGGAUUUGCAACAACUAAAGAUUUUUUGAAUAAUGAAGAAGUUAGAGAAAUAUUUGGUCGUUACGUUUUUUGAAAAGCUAUGAGGUUUGGAACUUUUUCUUUUUUUUAAUCAACGUCAAGUCAAACCUUUUAAACUUUUCUUCGGAUCAGGUUCCGGGUCGAAAGAAGUUCGGCUCAGUAAGGGUGAUUAAGAGGGUAAAAGGGUUCGAAUCUAAAAAAGUAAAGGUUUCUGGUGGCCCGCGACACUCCUGGCCAGUUCAUAGAGGAGAAAUACUGGCUACGUGCCUGGGAGUGGAGGAGAGGCUUCUGUGCACGAGUUGGGCUCGUUAAAGGAAACCCCUUCCUUUUUAGUCCAAAAAGAUUCAUUUUCAUCUUUUCUAGUCUCUCAACAACCCAGCAAAUUGGUACUUACUUUUACCAGAUUCAACAUUUGUCAAUAUUUAUGAAUUAGAAAAACUUGUAAAUUCACUUUUAUGGAAUUCCCCCGUCGCUUUUGGAUGGAAUAUUAAUAAAAUAAAAAAUAAAGACUUAAAUGAAGAAGAUGGAGGGGAAUGGAGAG